GCUGCUUGUGAUUUCAACAUGUGUUUCACCUUUGUCUGGGCUGGGUGGGAGGGUUCUGCACAUGAUGCUAAGAUUUUUAUGGAGGCUCUGCGUAGACCAUCAUUGCAUUUUCCCCAUCCUCCUCAUGGUAAAUAUUAUCUUGUUGAUGCGGGAUACCCUACUUUUAUGGGUUUUCUAGGGCCAUACAAAAAAAAUAGGUAUCAUCUUCCGCAAUUCAGAAAUGGACCUAGAAUAACAGGGAGAGUUGAGGUGUUCAAUUAUUAUCAUUCUAGUCUUCGCAAUGUGAUUGAACGAUCAUUUGGUUGUUGCAAAGCAAAAUGGAAGAUACUAGGUAGUAUGCCUUCUUAUGAUUUGAAGACACAAAACAAAAUCAUUACGGCUUGUAUGGCUUUGCAUAACUUUAUUAGAAGAAAUGAUAGAAGUGAUGAAGAAUUUGAUGCAAAUUAUGAAAAUGAAGAUGGAGGAGGAGAAAAUGAAGCUGGCCCAAGUACUGUUACAUGGGAGGAACCUGAUUUUCAAAGUUCCUUGCAAAUGGAGCAAAUUAGGGAACACAUCAAAAAUAUGUUUCCAACACGAGUUUAGCUUUUUUCCUAGUUAUCUAUGAUACUUUAGUAGAUAUGUCUUUUUAUUUGUAAGGUGGUAUGAUUAUAUUCAAGACUACGAAUUAUGAUUUGUAUUAACUAUUUGAUACUUGAUAUGGUUUGACGUUAUUGUUAGA